AUGGCUUCUGAUUCUAUGGUCCCAGAGCAAGCAAAGCAUCAUGUGGUAAAAGGCAGAAGGCAGCAGCCACAGGAAAGGUCACCUUUGAACAGUGAUGGUGAAGAAGAAACAUUUGUAUUUGAAGCAAAUGAAGCUUGGAAGGAUUUUCACAGCUCUCUCCUCCGAUUCUAUGAAGCUGGGGAGCUUUGUGAUGUUACGCUGAAGGUGCUGAUUCCAUAUUUCCUCCUUUGUGUGUAUGUGUUUUGAGUGUAGAAUGGUUUGUGCGUUUAUUAAUUCACUAGAAAAUAUAUUAGCUUUGCAUCAUUUAUGUUGACAACAUUUGGAAGUUAGUGCCAUGCAGUGUUGCCUUCCCUUUAACCAAAACUCUUCCUAGUAAUGCUGCAAGUCAGCAGACUAUUUGGUGCUUGUAGGGAGAGUGUGAUUGUGCUAAAUUUAUGGACUUGAAUUCAAAUUUAAAAGUUUUUUUUUCUAUUAUUGUAAGAGGCCACAGUACCUAUAUAAACCCACUCAACUUAUGUGACAUGGCUGCCAUCUUGUUUAGAUAAUGUCAUAUAUGCAAGCCUGGUCUUAACAUUCUCUUCCUUACGAGGAUGGGUCCAAUCAGAUAAGAGGAUGCUCAGUGAAGGUUGCUGAACACCAAGGGUAGGCUGUGGGUUAGCCAAUCCCAGUGGUGUUUCCAGGUUUCUAAGCGCACCUCUUCACUUUCUCCCAUGUAAGUAGUAAUUGCCAUUCUCUUCUAGUGGGAAAAGCCCUAAUAUUGGGGAUAACAAUUUUGAGGUGGACUAAGUUGCUACUCUCCCCUCUUCCUUCUCCUAUAACAGAGUGUGUGGGUAUGGGUGUAUUGGAAUGGGAGUACAUUAGCACUGUUUUGCAUUUCUGUGGCAGUGCACCAAGGCUCUUGCUUGUCUGUGGAAGGAGAAGAAUACUACUUCUGCAGUGCUUUGAGAAAGUAUAUAACAGUUUACAACUGCUAGUACAGUGGUACCUUGGGAUGCAAACGGGAUCCGUUCCAGAGCCCCGUUCGCAUCUUGAACAAAACUUAAGAUGCGACUGCGCGUGCGCAGGUCGCGUUUUGCCGCUUCCGCUAAUGCACGGGAUGUCAUUUUGACCGUCUGUGCAUGCGUGAGCGGCGAAACCCGGAAGUAACACGCUCCGUUACUUCCGGGUCGCCGCAGAGCACAACUCGAAAAUACUUAUCCUGAAGCGUAUUUAUCCCGAGGUAUGACUGUAUCCACAAAAAUGCCCUGAGAGCCCAGCUGCUUAGUUAAUGGGUUUCAGGCAGCCUAGGUUUACUACAUAUUUUGUCCUUUUCUUUCUUUUCUCUCACCACCAAAGGAACACAAGUGAACAACACAAGCAACGCUGACACCAAACUCUACAUACAUUAAACAUAAUAGAAACACCGCCACCCGACCCCACCCCCAUCCAUCUUAUCUCUCUCCACCCCCCUUUUCUUUUUUCUUUUUUUUUUUUUCUUCUCCCCCUAAUGCCUCAACAAAUGAAACGGAUUUGUAAAAAUGUUACAUGGUGAAAAAAAAAUACGAGGCACUACACUUCUGUAAAACAAGAAAAUCCUUAAUAAUAAUAAUAAUAAAAAAGGUCCUCUUAGGUGCCCUACAGGCAAUUGCAACAGUGGCAUGGAGGCAACUCUUCCAAGGGUUCAUCCCAUAGUUCUCUUGUAAUCAGGGUCACAGCUAUAUAUUGCCUGGUUACCAUGGAUGAUUAGAAAGUUUCUCCUAGGCAAAAGGAUGACUUGGAGCCCAUUUCCUGUAGCACAUUCCUGUUUUAGUGCUUUUUAUGUUGUAUCUCUUUUUAUGAUACAGUUUUACCAUUUUUAUCUUGUAUUCUUGUAUGUUGCUUAAAGAUUUUUAAACAAAGUGGUUUAUAAAUUAUUUUAAAUAAAUAAGUAAAUAAUUUUGAGGGACUGCCUAGUUCAGUGGUACCGUGGGUUACAAACUUAAUUAAUUCAUACAACUCAAAUUGACAUUUUUUGACAGUGAAACUAAUCUCUGCAGAAGAGAAAAAGUUGAUUAAUAGAAAAUAUUAUCAAGAGGAUUUUUGUACCUGAAAACACAUCCUGCAAAUUUAAGAAAAACAGCUGGGUGGGGGAAGCUAGCUUCUUUAAUAAGGAACCUAAAGACUACUGGAUCAUAAAAUGUAAACUUUCAUUAGACUCAUAUCCUUAUUAUCAAUUGAUAGUUAAUCUUUAAAAUCAUAAAAGGCACAAAUAUUUUCAGCCGUGUUGACUAUCCAGUGCAAACCCAUUCUUCCAUUUCUGUGCUGAAAUAGCACAUUUAUUUUAUUCCAUUUAUAUCCUGCCCUUCCUCCUGCUUUAGGGUUUGUGUAUGAACAUUGGUCAUUUGUUACUAAUCUAGUGGUAGAUAACCAAAGUGGUUGCAUUGCCUUUUCCAUGGUCAAAUUGUACGCACAGAUCCACUAGCCUUGUAAUGCAGCAAAAUUGACCCGGCAUAGUGAUGUCUGUCCUUUUUUCAUGGCAGCACAUUGUCUAAAGUCAUGUACAGCUAAUUGCUUUUCAUCAUUUCUUGGCAAGAAAGUGUUUUGGCUGCAUUAGAUUGCUGUGGCUGUGGAUUAUUAAAAGAACAGCUAAUUGAGAUGACUGGAUAAAACUACUAGAAAUAAUUCAGGGAUGGAACUUUAUCAUUAAGCUAGUUGAAAGUGGGACUAAUGAAAAAUGAUUUUCUCUUGCAGUUAAAGCAAAAAGUAAGUUUUACAACUGAAUAUGAACUGCAUAUUCAUUGCUGAAAUAUUCAUCAAUACAAAUAAGGUUGUGAUACUGCGAUCAAUAUAAUUUAUCUUUCAAAUUUAUAUAAAUACUUGAUGGAGGCUUCUCAAUAAAAUGUUAUGACUCUUAAACAGUACCAUACAUGUAUACUAAUCUAUACAGAGAAUUGUCAUUGAUCUGAGUAGUGUUGUUAGUCAAUUUUCUGUUUAUUCAAUUUUCUUGAUAGUUCUGAGGUCAAUACCCCUUUGCACUUCUGGAUUUGAUUAAUGCUAAUAAUUUUUAAAAUCCGUUACUACAUCUUUAGAAUUCGAGACCACAGCUUCUUUGUAUUAAGGUAAAACAAUUAACUCUAUUAAUAUAAAUGUAUGUUAUUCCACAGGUGGGUUCGAAGUUAAUCUCCUGUCACAAGCUUGUCCUGGCUUGUGUUAUUCCAUACUUCCGAGCCAUGUUCCUUUCUGAAAUGGCAGAAGCUAAACAGGCAUUGAUUGAGAUCAAAGACUUUGAUGGUGAUGCCAUAGAAGAUUUGGUCAAAUUCGUCUAUUCAUCUCGACUGACUCUGACGGUAGACAAUGUCCAGCCUCUCUUAUAUGCGGCCUGCAUUCUUCAGGUAGAGGUAGUGGCCAAAGCUUGCUGUGAAUACAUGAAACUACACUUCCAUCCUUCAAAUUGCCUGGCAGUGAGAUCCUUUGCGGAGAGCCACAAUCGUAUUGACUUGAUGGAUAUGGCCGAUCGCUAUGCAUGUGAACAUUUUGCUGAAGUGGUGGAAUGUGAAGAUUUUGUGAGUGUGUCACCUCAGCACCUUCAUAAACUGUUGUCUUCCAGUGACCUGAGCAUUGAAAGUGAAAAGCAGGUUUAUGGUGCUGCUAUUAAGUGGCUUCUGGCCAAUCCACAGCAUCAUGCUACAUGGUUAGAUGAAAUAGUUGCUCAGGUAAGGACCAGAUGAGAAUGGAGUAACUAAAUCUAUUGGUGUCUCAUAAUAUGCAGAGGUGGGGUGAUCUGUGGGGUGAUUAUACUGGUUCUCCACAUUGGAACUAGAUCAUUUUUUUUGUUCUCAAAAAAGAUUGAUACUUAAGACAAUUUUUCUCUUACGCAUUCUUUGUGACAAAUUGAAGUUGAGGUCACUUCUGUUAAAUCCCUGAAAACUACGGGUUUCUCAAAAGCAAAUUCGGUUACUUUCCAUCUCAGAGCCAGGUCACACACAUCUGCAUCUUGUCACCACACAUUAUUUGAUGACUUGCAGCUGAAUGCAUGAGCAGCGUUGAUUUGUGGAGAGAUUAAAUAUUUUAUGCAUGUCAGUCAUAGUUCAAAAGUGCAGGCAGCAAGUAAUCACAAUGUGUGUGUAAGUAGGAUGUGUCAGGGUUCACAGCAGCUAUACACAUGGAGGAAUGUCACUGUUGUUACAACUAAAUGGAAUCUUGUUUUUUCAUCUUCUGGAUCUCUCUCUAGUGAAGACAUAGGACAUACAUACUGGGUUCAGUUGUAGGCCAUACAGAUGCAAAUAGAGGAUCAUGAUGUUCUCCAUGAUGUCUCUGGAGGCUUGCCUAGUAAUUGCUGAGAACUGUUACUAUUGGUUCAGCUGACCACCAAUAAUCUCCAUUCUCCUAGGUGCGCCUACCACUGUUACCCAUUUGUUUUCUCAUGGGAGUAGUGGCAAAAGAAGAAAUUGUCAAGCAGAACCUAAAAUGUCGGGACUUGCUGGAUGAAGCAAGGAACUACCACCUUCACUUAAGUAGUCAUACCGUGCCAGAUUUUGAGUAUUCUGUACGGACAACACCAAGGAAACGCACCGCAGGUAACUAGUUUCUGAGGCACCAGUGUUUUAGAAACUCACAAAAAGUCUAUUCUGUAGAGGUGUAAGUACUCACGGUAGAAUAGCUAAAGACAAGAUAAAUGAAUUUGUACACAGCAUAACAUUAGUAAGCCUUGUCAUUUUAUUUAAGUGCCUUAGGGUGUAGCUUUUUAAAUUCAUUUUGUGUGGGGGGAGGGAGAAUCUGUAUCUACACAAAAGGUUGGUUCACAAUGGUAUAGCAUUGCCUUGGCAUGAGCCUCUGAUUUGAAUGCUAAACCAUGGAAUACCGUCUCAACUGAGGUGCUAAAUUUCUUGUCUUGAACAGUAUGUAUUACAGCCUAACAGUCCCAAUGUACAAUCCUUAGAUACAUUAAUGCAUUUGAAUGAUGGAGAACAGUUUUCAACAUAAAAAAAAAAAAUCCUUCCAGUAGCACCUUAGAGACCAACUAAGUUUGUUAUUGGUAUGAGCUUUCGUGUGCAUGCACACUUCUUUAGAUACGUAUGUUUUCAACAUAACAUACAAUCUGCCUCCAUUGCAACUGAUAACAAAAACUCCCACGUUAAAGGAGCUGAGCUUUGCCCGGUUUUUGUUGUUUACUUGAGUCAUCUGAAGCAAUGUGCUCUAUAGGAAUCUUGAAGCAGUGUGCUGAACGUGCCUGUGGUGGCAUUGACCAAAAACACGUAUCUCUUUAAAGUGGAGAGGGAUGUUGGGAUUGUGAAUGGACUAAAAUCAGGCUUGUUAAGGAGCCACUUGCCUGGAAGUCCAUGGUGAGUUAGAAUUGCCUUAGGCAGAUAGCCUCCUGCAAGUUGAAGCAAGCUGGUUCUCUUUAUGUUGGGCUGUCAAAAAUGCAUGUGAAUAGGGAGGCUAUUGAACAUUUUAAGGGGUUAUUAACUUUUGUGGAUCUUUCCACAAGCCUUGAUUGGGUGACUUGUCUAUUCCAGCUCUGACUUCCCUCUCAGUCUGUGUUGAAGCCUCAACCCAGUUCAUCCUAAGUUGAAGCAGGGUGGAACUGUUGCUGUUGAAUGACAAAUUGUCAGUGUUGAACAUUGAAAACAGUAAAUAACACUAAGCCAACCAAACAGACCAGUUUCUACUAUUUAGUUUUAACAGGACUUUUAAUGUGUGCUAUGUGCAGCAUUCUGUACUUUGCCACCCUGUGAAUUUUGUGUGAUGAAUACUGACGUUCUUAAGAAAUGAGGUGUUUGUGACUUUUGUUGUAUGUUUUCUGUUAGGUGUCCUUUUCUGUGUUGGUGGUCGUGGUGGAUCUGGCGACCCAUUUCGCAGCAUUGAAUGCUACUCUAUAAAUAAGAACAGCUGGUUUUUUGGCCCUGAAAUGAACAGUAGGAGGAGGCAUGUGGGUGUAAUCUCUGUGGGAGGUUGGUAAAAAGAAAUCUCUGCUCUAAAAUUGCUUUAUACUUUGUUGAAGUUAAUGACUCAGCCAUUCCAUCAACCAAAAUUACAGCCUUUGUAUACAAAAUAGCUGAGAAAUAGUAGUUGGCUUCUUGCAUAAAAAGAUGCAAUUGUUUCUGUUUUGCAGUCAACUGGUUUUGUGUUCUGGGUUUCUGCCCAAUGAAAUGUCCUCUCUAGUACUAAAAAUAUAACUCACAGCUUGAGUCUAGCCACAGUAGCUACCACUGAAUUCAACACUAGGAACUAUUUACUGUACUAGUAAAUAGCAUUGCAUCUUAAAUUAGAAAAGAUUUAAAGCUGCUGCCUUUUAAGGCUGCCUUUGUAUCCUAGAACUAUAAAGUAUCAUCAAGUCCCUGAGACUAUUAUUUUCCCCUGAUCUUUAGAUAAUAUGAUGCAGAUUUCUUUACAGAAAAAAAUUAUUGUAGACAUUACGCUAUAGCAGUAAUGGAAUAUAUAUAAUAGAGUGGCAAAAAAAUGUGAAUCUAAUUUCACUAGUGCAGCACAGUGAUUAUGUGUGAGCUAAGACCUGGGAAGCAGCUGUUUCACAUCUUGUCUUCUUGAUAUCAUACUAGAUGGCCACAGGUAAUAAUUUAAGGAGUUAGCCUAGUUUGUCUGACCAGAAAAUUUUAUAUGUUUCAGGUAAAGUUUAUGCAGUGGGUGGACAUGAUGGAAAUGAACAUCUGGGCAGUAUGGAAAUGUUUGAUCCUCUCACAAAUAAAUGGAUGAUGAAAGCAUCAAUGAAUACCAAAAGGUAUACAAACUUGGAAUGAACAUUCCAUUUUGUUGUUGUUGUUGUUGUUGUUGUUGUUGUUAAAGAAGUAGAUUCAUGUGGAACACAUUAGCAUUUAUUGAGAUAUACAUCAGAUAGGCUGUACAUAGAACAAGUACCUAGUCAUGGCCAAUGCCUGCAGUACAAAGUAAGAUGCAACACAGAAGGUGAAUAGUGGACAUAAAAAAUAUGAGAUGAGCAUGUAAAGUGAAAAACAGAAGUGGGGAAGGAACAAAAUAAAUUAGAAAAAGAAUCAGAGUUGUUAUUUUAGCUGAGGUAAUUGUAAAUAGAGUGUUUUGUGAAGCUGUUGGGAAUCCCCAAUAUAAGAGGAUUCUUUAUAUUCUUUUAAGAGUUUGGAAUAGACUGAUAAUGACAAAAUGGACUGUGUUCGUGGGGUAUCAGAAGGGAAAUUAAAACUGAAUUUAGGCCUUCAAAGAAACAUGGGGGAAUAAAGUGUGGAGGAGGCAUGAGGACAUCUAUGCCAUCUCCACCCCUGACCUUCCAACAUUGAGUGGAUUGGACCGUCCAACAUGCACAUAAUACUCAUUCAGACGUUUCUACUUGAAGUGAGAAAUCGGAACUAGAGCUGAAAAGGGCAGGGAAGCUGCUGCUGGUGGUACUGCAUGUGCCACACUUCAUUCCUCAUGUGUUGAUUGAAAGCAUGAAUGAGGCUUUUGUUUAUAAAAAAUUGGCCCUUGCCAGCAUACAGCAAGAAAGAAUUUAUGUCAUGGUCAAAACUUGCAGUUCACUGAUCUGUUAAAUCUUUAUGUUGUCGUUGAAUAUUAUUAUCUGGUGAUUAGUGUGGUUGAAAAAAAUUAAAGAAAAUUGACAGAAUUACAAACCUGCAAAUGUUCUAGAGUCCAAAAUCUGUUCUUUAAUUCUUUCUUUUGCAAUAUCUUGAAGAAACAUUUUCAAGGUCUCUUUGAUUAAGUAUACUUCAGCUGGGAAAGAAGCUUCAAUUUGUUAUUUGCCCUUGGGGUUUUAUUAACUUUGGUAUUCUUGAAAAGUUGCCAAAGUGAGGUAGAGCCACUGAUGCCUAGUAACUCACUUUGCCAGUUUGUAACUCACUUUGUCAGUUUGUUUUAAGAUUAUGUAGUCUGAUAACUAAUUGCGUUAUUUUAUUAGGAGAGGGAUUGCUCUGGCUUCUCUUGGAGGCCCCAUUUAUGCUAUUGGGGGACUGGAUGAUAACACUUGCUUCAGCGAUGUGGAGAGAUACGACAUUGAAUCUGAUCAGUGGAGUUCUGUGGCACCUAUGAAUACGCCCCGGGGAGGUGUUGGCUCUGUGGCUCUUGUGGUAAGCGACUCUGUUUUUUUUAUUGGCAUUCAAAGGGCAUCGGCACAGAAAUGUCGUAUAGCUCUGCCUUGCCUGCUUCAACAAGUGUAUUAAAAUACUUUAAGGUUAUAUGGAGGUCAAACUUUCUUGACUGUUCUUCACUACAUUGGUUUAAGGUGCCACUCUUGUAGUCGUGAUAAGAGGCAAUGAAAUAAGAGAUUGAAUAAAAGGUGGGAAAUGAAAUAUGGAAAGAAUAUAAUUUAAUUAAAAACAGAACUGAAGACUUUGCAGAGUUAAAAUAGAACUCUUCAGUGAAAGUGGAAAGUCUUUGCUUGGUAUCAUAAAAAACAAUAAACAACAAAAAAAAUAAACUAUUUUUAAUUUCUGUUAUUAUUCUGUGUCUUAAAAUAGUUAUUUAACUCUGUAAAACUUUGUCAAGUUUUUUAAUAUAUUAUUUUUAAUUAGAUUGGUUAGUUGCUUUAUCUUGCCAAAGGCAACCCAAAGCAACUUUCAACCAAAAUCUUGUUAUUAAGUGUUGUUCGUUGCAGUAUUUACCUGAUUGCAGGGUUUUUUGUGCUAAGCCUUGUUAUAUAGAAUGUUGUUAAUGUGGAUCUUGCUGUUUUAAUUCAUUUUAUUGUUUUAUUGUCAGUUUGUUUUAAGAUUAUGUAGUCUGAUAACUAAUUGCGUUAUUUUAUUAGGAGAGGGAUUGCUCUGGCUUCUCUUGGAGGCCUCAUUUAUGCUAUUGGGGGACUGGAUGAUAACAUUUUAUUGUUUUUGCCCAGAGGAUUUUUCAUUUUUUUUGGAGGGGUAAUUGAUAAAAAGACUAUAUUUACUAAAUAGAAUUAAAUAAUGAAUGUGGGUUCAUAUAAGUACAGUAUAACUUUGGCAAGUAUAAAAUAAGUAAUAUACACAGGCAAUAAUUUUGAAACCUGAAAACUCAUCUAGUAAAUUGGAUUGAAAGCUCGCUGUUGUGUUGGCAAUGAUUAUAUGGUGCUCAAAAUUUUAUCCUUGGGGAUAGACUGCUGCUGCCUAGCAAGCUGGUUGACAACUGUUUCUUUAUACAUUGUGAGAGCAGAAGGGACACAUCUUCAUUUUUGCUGCAGUAUCACACCUAAUUCACCCUUGGGCCUGGCUGUUGGAUAGAACAUACAUUUGAUCUUUCCUCUUUUCAGAACCAUGUAUAUGCUGUUGGUGGAAAUGAUGGUGUAGCUUCUCUCUCCAGCGUGGAGAAGUAUGAUCCUCAUCUAGAUAAAUGGAUAGAAGUGAAAGAAAUGGGUCAGCGAAGAGCUGGCAAUGGGGUUAGUGAACUCCAUGGCUGCCUAUAUGUGGUAGGUGAGUAGCACCUAGACGUUUUUCCAUGUGCAUAACUCAUCUUCUUGUAGCUUUGCUGUAAGUGUUUGAAACAACAUCAUCAAAUGAUUACACUGGAUUUUAAGUAUUUUCGUCGCUGGCUGUGGACAAUACUAUAUUUUGUGAUAAAGUGAUAAACAAGCUAUCUUUUUUCAAGGCAACAGUGCACUACUGGGCAUAAACCUCGGGCUCCUCUUCUUACUAACAUUGAGGUACACUUGCUUACAGAUCAUGCUAACAAUGGACUAGGAUUUAGCUUUAUAAGAAUUGUGGGCUUUUAGGUCAAAUAGCAGAUCCAUUGUAUUUUUUUGCACUGUUUGAAUAACUGGGUCACUAUGCAUCCUCUAGCUUUGCUCCGCAGAACAGCUUGUGAUAAAACUAUUGCAUAGUCUGAGAGAAGAUUUCAUGCUUCACUUAUAUGUAUAUGCCUUGAUGCAGGUGGCUUUGAUGACAAUUCUCCGCUGAGCUCUGUUGAACGAUUUGACCCUCGCAGCAACAAGUGGGAAUAUGUAGCGGAGCUUACAACGCCUCGGGGUGGAGUUGGCAUAGCAACGUUAAUGGGCAAAAUCUUUGCUGUUGGAGGGCAUAAUGGAAAUGCUUACCUGAAUACAGUGGAAGCCUUUGAUCCUGUGGUGAACAGGUAACUUUGAUUCUUGCUUUUACAGAGCUAGGUCUUUAUGCUGGAUGAGACGUGAACCAACGGAUUCAAGUUACAAUGGUACCUCAGGUUACAUACGCUUCAGGUUACAGACUCUGCUAACCCAGAAAUAGUACCUCGGGUUAAGAACUUUGCUUCAGGAUGAGAACAGAAAUCGCGCAGUGGCAGCAGCAGGAGGCCCCAUUAGCUAAAGUGGUACCUCAGGUUAAGAACAGUUUCAGGUUAAUAACGGACCUCUGGAACGAAUUAAGUACUUAACCCGAGGUACCACUGUACAAGAAAGGAGAUUCCAACCCAACAUCAGGACAAACUUUCUGACAGUAAGAGUUGUUCAGCAGGAAAAAAAUCCCACAAGAGGUGGUGGACUCUCCUUCCUUGGAGAUUUUUAAGCAAAGUUUGGAUGGCCAUCUGUCAUGGAUGCUUUAGUUGAGUUUCUUUCAUGGCAGUGGGUUGGACUAGAUGUCCCUUCCAAUGCUACAAUUCCAUGAUUCUGUGAAAAGUAGGGAAAAUCUGUGUAGUUGAUGUUAAAGUCUCACUUUCUCUAUUGCAGCUGCCACCAAGCAGUUAUUAGACUUAGUAUUCAUUCUAGGGGAUUGGCAAAUGUACAAGUGAAAAGGGUUGUGGGUUUUUUUUGACAGACCUGUUGUAAUGGAUGAGUCUAGGAAGCAGAAAAGCAGGAAUUUUGACAAAGUAGAGAUGGUAGGAAAAAAGUACCCCAGAACUCAUUCAUUGUUCUUAGACAUAUAUAAGCAAUUAUAAAAAUCUUGUUUUAAAAUUAUAUUUGACCUUGAACUAUUGCUGUCUUUGUGCAUGGGAAGCUAAACCCUCUCCUCUGCCUAGUCUUGCUAUUUAAAUACAAAUGGACCAUCAUUUAGUUCUUCAGCAAAGUUUCCUUCAUGGGUAGUGGUAGAACCCAUAAAUAGUUACAAAAAUAAAAUAGAAGCAAUUUUCAAAAUUAGCACUGUAUAAGAGAUUUUGUCACGCUAAGCUGUGUAGGAAAGAUGUAGCUAAGCUUUUUUCACUUUAAGAUAUUUGACAUGCCAAGGACAGUUGCAUUGCUAACUCCCCUUGUAUUCAAUUUUUCCUCUUUCAUUCUUUCUCAGGUGGGAGCUUGUUGGUUCCGUGUCUCACUGCAGAGCUGGGGCUGGUGUAGCCGUGUGUGCCUGCCUUGGCAGCCAGAUCCGCGACGUGGGUCAAGGGUCCAGCAAUGUGGUGGAUUGCAUGUAA